AUGUUCGAGAGCUUCAGCUUCGCCGCCGCGUCGCGGCACCCCUCCUCGCUUGACGACCCGGACGACUACGCCUAUCCGGACGUCUCCAUCUCGCCCACCUCGUCGCCCGUAUCCGAGCAAACCGCCAUGUCCGUGGCCGAGCUGUCGCGCCGCUUCGGCGCGCAAAACAUCGGUGGCGAACUGUACCAAACACCGGCAUCGCCCUUCGAACUCCCAGCGCCGUGGACCGAGCACGACGACUGGACGUCCACCUCGGCCUCGUCACCCACCUCGUCAUACUUCCCGGACGACGCUUUCCCGGACCCUUCGGCCAUCCGCGCGCGCAGACAGGCGCACACGCAGCUCCAGUGCGACGCGGCGCACAUGCGCGACAUCUCGUCGCUGGUCCAGAAGAUGAUCGAGUCAGGGGACCAGUGCAAGCUGGCGUCACGCAACGACUCGGUCGUCUCGUCGUCGGACUGCUGCGGCGACGACGCCGACGACGAGCCCUACGACCUGCCCCGCAGCAACAGCUCACCGGCCAUCUCGCAAAGCCUCCGCUACAGGCGAUCGGGCGAGGUGCUCAGCACGGCGGCCGUAUCCAAAAAUAUUCGUUUCCGCAGGCGUCACCCACGCAAGAUGACGAGCCAUAGGUGA